AUGUCAACGUGCUUCCUAGAAGACGACACUAAACAAAGCGUUCCAAAUCUUGAGGCGAUAUACAAAGCAGCUUCGAAAGAAGAGAAAAAGUACAUGAAUGAUGAAAUUCACGAAAACGCAUCUGAGAUUCUUAAAAAGCUAUUCAAAGAUCAUGCUGAGUGGAAAAAUCUCAAUAUUGAACACAAUUCCGUAAUACUAAGCGACAACACUCUUCUUGAAUCUGCUUUUUCAACGCUAAAAGCCAGACAGCGAGUCGAUACAAAGAGUUUAAAUAUCAAUAUUUAUCGAUCGGCAGCUCUCAAAAUAAGCAAAACCAGCAAAUGGCUUGACGACGAAGAAAUAGACUUUAAGAAAAAUCUGUACACGCGCGCUUGGUGUUCAAAAUCAGAACAGCUUAAAAAAGACAGUAAAGCUGAGGAAGAAAUAAAAUUACAAUAUCUUUUGCCUUAA